AUGCGCGACGCAAUGGAAUACAUGCGUAGAAAUGCUUCCACAAUUGGUAACAUUUCUGGAACGGAGAGCAUGUCUGCAAUCUUCAGGAACUACACAGCGGGUAACCUCAACGGCAGGUGCGCCCCCAAAUUAAUCACCUGUUCCAGCUUUAGUCAACUAGAUUCUAGCACAUGGAAUAUUGACAUGCAAGAAUUGGAGUAUAAUCCAUCAAAGAAGGAUCUAACUGAUGCUAAAAUUCAUCAUUUAUUGGCAGAAGAACUUGUGAAGCCUUAUAGACGAGUAAGUAUAGUUUUUUUUUAUAUUGAUUACAUAAGCGAAGUUCUUAAUGAGAAUGGAGAUACAGAACCAAAAUCUAGCAGGGAGGAAUGGGAUAGCCCAAUAACAUUUACAGCCAAAUCAUCCCGCGUUGAGAUGACGCGCGUCACGACUCCCACAGCCACAGAGACAAUGCUUCCAUGGAAACGGGACGAAGAAGAAGGUUCGGCAAUUCAACAAUCUGAGUUUCCAGCAUGGGCGUCCAAUAAGGAGUAUCUGGCAUAUAAUUCACCAUCAGCCACGUUUUUAGGUGGAUUGGAAAACCCACGAUCAUCCGUGAUUGGUCUGUUUCGACGGGAGAGCAUAGGAUCGGAACCGAUAAGCAGCACGGACUCGACACCUCAAAGGGAACGCCGUGGUUCAGUAGGCCGCAACACAGUAAUCCUUAUCGAAGAUGGCGCCGACUCCGAUCCCCUGGGUGUCCUUCAGAAACAGCCGACGACGUCUUCAAUACCAACGUUGCCACAACCUCCGCAGACUCCUGGACAACGACGUCAAGUACGACGCGGGUCCAUGCUGGAGCUAAGCGGAUCAAUAACUCGCGACACCAUUCCUGAAGAAACCUAUUCUACGUCAUCCUUAAGAAGACCCUCGUGGUUAACUCAAUCACGUCAAAGGCGUCCAAGCUUUUCAAGACAGCAAACUGUGGGAUUAAUUGGUAACGUUUCAUCACCGUCAUUAUCCGAUUCAUCUGAAUCUUCUGUGGAUGAAGAUGUAGAAUGUUUAAUGAAAGUAGGUUUUUAA